UUUUUUUUUAUAUAUUUUAUAUUUCUUGCUUGAACCAUGGCUGUCGAAGAAAAAAAAGUAUUUGAAGACUUUAAAACAUACAAUUGGUUAGAGGAUACAGUAUUCCAAUCUGGUUUGAAUAAUCUUUUACGUUCCAUGGAAACAACUACAAAUAAACAAUCCAUUAUAACACCACUUGAUGAAGCAUAUCAACAACACCAACAAGAUAACCAAAAUACAUUACAACUUCUUCGAGCAAAACAUUUUUAUUAUUCAAAAUUUAAACAUUCCUUUGAUUUGGAAAAGUACCUUGAAUAUGAAUUGGAGCAAGUUAAACUAGAGAAUGGAGCAAAAUAUCAACGUUUAGAAGAAUACAACUUUGACCAGGAUGAAAAGUAUAUCAAAGGUUUACCAAAGAUUAUUGAAGGCUGGGUACAAGAACAAGUGAGUGGUAGUAAACCUAAGAAAUUAUGGGAUAAGACACAUUUUGAUACUGAAUUUAUCAAGGUGAAAGCAUUCUAUUAUUCAGCCUGUGUUGAAUCUAUUGAUGUGAAAGACUAUCUCACUUGGAAAUACAACAAAGAACAAAAGAAUGAGCCUACUUGUCCAUUUGCGAAUCUAUGGCAAAAUAAAGGAAAAGCUGAUCUUGGACCUCAAAUCAUUUCGGAUGAAUUUUUAUCUGUGGAACCUCCUAAAUUUACUGGUCCAACCAUUGUCACUUUUGCCUCACCUCGUAGUCGAAAUAUGUUAACAGAAGCAAGAUUAAACGAAUUGAAUGAAGAAUUGACAUCAGCUUUAUCAAACAACAAAACCACUAGCAUUUUAUUAACAGCAACGGUGGCGGAAAAAAGUAAUGAUUCUAUCAUGACAACAAAUGAUCGUAUAGAAACAAAUGAUACCAAGGUGAUCAGUAGUGGAUUGGCUUACGAAGCAACCUAUCAAGCUUUAAAAAACAAUAAUAAUAAUAAUGAUAACAUUAUCGAUCAACUGGCCCCUGCAUUGGAUUAUCUCGGCACAACUUAUUACAACUAUGUAAGACACCAGCACCUGCAUAUUGACCAACAACAACAACAACCGAUGUCGAUCAUCACCAAACCUACAUUUACUUUUAUGAACGGUCAGAUCCCCUUGAAUGCAGCAUAUCUCACUUUAUGGCAUGGUUAUUUGCGUAUUGGUACCGAACACUGUCUUUUGGACUGCCAUCUGACACUUUCGCAUGCACCUAUCCCGCCCUUACUUCUCUUCCAACUUUGUGACAUGCGCAAUAAAUCAAGCAACAAGUUACCACUACCUAUUGGAUGGGAUUUUUACCUUGCUUUGGCACCUCCUGAUUUCGGUCGCCUUCGUGCUCCUGAAUUGUUACGUUUAGGGCUUCUUGAUAUCUUUGUCCCUGAAACGAAAUUGUCGGAUGCUUUUUCAAAUGCAAAACGUAUGGCGCUUUGUCCUUCUCCUUCUACUUCGACAGCUGUCCAAUUAGCUUUGGCUCUUGAUCAUUCUUACCCUGGACCAGAACGUAUUUCUACCUGGCAAAAGGAAAUAAGUGAUUGUUUUGAUGCAUCAAGUCUUGGUCACAUCAUCUCACGAUUGAAACUUUUAGAUACUGUUUGGAGUCAAAAGAUAUUGACUCAUUGGUAUACUUUACCUCCUAUUCUUCUCAAGGUUAUAUUCAAAGCAGUUCAAAAAGCACGUAAUAUGUCACCUUUGAAUGUGAUCAAUAUGGAAGAAAAUCUUAACAAAAAAUGGCGUCAAUCUUCUGAUUAUCAACAAUUUCUUCGUGGUGAAACUUCUUGGCAAGGAUCUUUGAACGAUGAUGAUGAUGAUCAAGAUAUUGUAUCCUCUUACUUUGAUGAUAUUGAUGAUAACGACUCAAGGGUGGUACCAUUUGUUUAUAAAGUAUCUGAAAAAGAUAUGAUAGAUCAAAUAGAUUUGAUGAGGAUGAAUGUAUGCCCUGUUACUGGUCAACGUAGCAAUAAUGGAUGUCCUGUCUUGGCUGGCCAACAACAAAACCCAGAUGAUGAUGAUGUGUGUCCAGUUACAGGUCAACGUAACAAUAGUAAUGAUAACAACAACAAUGAUGAUGAUGGUGGAUGUCCUUUUUCGACUGAAUUAGUAAACAAGAAAAACGAAGAUGCAUCCAAUUUGAAAACUCUUGUAUGUCCUGUCACUGGUCAAUCUGAUGGUAUAUGUCCUGGAUCACAAUCGUAAUAGUGGUGAUGUUGCCCUAUACUUUUUUUUUAUUAUUUUUUUUCUAUGAAUAUCUUGUAUUUUAUAUCAAAGUUUUAUGAUCAUGUUUUUUAUUUUAUUUUUAUCUAUCUGGAAUAGAUCUCUCAUGUACACUAAUAAAGACAAAAAAAAAAAAUAAUUCAAAC